AUGCCUAACGCUCGCGUACUCCGAGACAUCAAGGCUCGCAACGUCGUGAAGGCUAAUGAGGUCCUCCGUAGGGCCUAUCUAUAUGUGGCGCGCAACGAGACCCUGUCCCCGCAAGUGCGACACCAGGCUCAGCUGCAACUGAACACGUUUGGAAAGUACACUCGUCCUACGACGGUGAAGAACCGUUGCUCGGAAUCUGGACGUGGUCGGGGGAUCAUGAGCGAGUUCGCGCUUUGCCGAUAUCAAUUCCGACUGAAGGCGUUGAACCUGGAACUCCCUGGUGUGCGCAAAGCUUCUUGGUAG